AGUGCUCAGUGAGGAGACAUCCAGAGGACCCCCUCCCCCAUCCCGGUUCACUCAGUCGCCUUUCUCCUCAGCCUUUCUCCACGCCGGCCCCGGUGCGUAUCCAUCCAGGGGGAGAGGGUCGCUGGCUCAGAGGUGCUCUCUCCUUGUCCACAUUCAGGUGAAACAGAAUGCCCUUCAAUGGCGAGAAGCAGUGUGUGGGAGAGGACCAGCCAAGCGAUUCAGACUCUUCCCAGUUUUCUGAAAGCAUGGCUUCACUCAGUGACUAUGAGUGCUCCAGGCAGAGCUUUACAAGUGACUCCUCCAGCAAAUCCAACUCUCCUGCUUCAACAAGUCCUCCCAGGGUUGUAACAUUUGAUGAAGUGAUGGCUACAGCAAGGAACUUAUCAAACAUGACUCUUGCUCACGAAAUUGCUGUAAAUGAGAACUUUCAAUUGAAACAAGAUGCCCUCCCUGAGAACAGCUUGGCCGGGCGAGUGAAGCACAUCGUUCACCAGGCCUUCUGGGACGUCUUGGAAUCAGAACUAAAUGCAGAACCGCCUGAGUAUGAACAUGCCAUUAAACUGUUUGAAGAAAUCAGAGAGAUUCUUCUCUCUUUUCUGACUCCUGGUGGCAACCGGCUUCGCAACCAGAUCUGUGAAGUUUUGGACACAGACCUCAUUAGACAGCAGGCUGAGCACAGUGCUGUUGACAUCCAAGGCCUGGCCAAUUAUGUCAUCAGUACGAUGGGAAAGCUGUGUGCUCCCGUGCGAGACGAUGAUAUCAGAGAGUUGAAGGCUACCAGCAACAUUGUGGAGGUGCUGAGACAAAUAUUCCAUGUCUUGGACCUCAUGAGAAUGGACAUGGUCAAUUUUACAAUUAGGAGUCUAAGACCACACCUUCAACGCCAGUUGGUGGAUUAUGAGAGAACCAAAUUCCAGGAAAUUUUAGAAGAAACUCCAAGUGCUCUUGAUCAAACUACAGAGUGGAUAAAAGAAUCUAUAAAUGAAGAAUUACUUUCUCUUUCUGAAGCCACUUUAACUCCUGGGGCUGAAGGUAGCUCCAAGCCAACCCUGAGCCCUACAUUGGUGCUAAAUAACAGUUACUUGAAACUGUUACAGUGGAAUUAUCGGAAAAAAGAAUUACCAGAGACACUCAUGACAGAUGGAGCACGUCUUCAGGAACUGACAGAAAAGCUGAAUCAAUUGAAAAUUAUUGCCUGCUUGUCCUUAAUUACUAACAACAUGGUGGGUGCUAUUACAGAAGGUCUACCUGAGCUUGCAAACAGAUUAAAAAGGAUUUCAGCUGUUCUACUUGAAGGCAUGAGCAAAGAGACAUUUAACUUGAAGGAGGUCCUGAAUUCUAUCGGUGUUCAGACCUGUGUUGAGGUUAACAAGACCCUGGAGGAGAGAGGUUUAUCCACUUUAAAUGCAGAAGUUCAAGCUAAUCUUGUAGGUCAAUUUUCAAGUAUCGAAGAGGAAGCCAAUCCUAUCUGGUCCUUGAUUGAUAAACGAAUCCAGCUGUACAUGAAAAGCCUACUUUGUCUCCCAAGCCCUCCAAAAUGCAUGCCUCCCAUUCCUGGAGGCCUUGCUGUUAUUCAGCAGGAGCUGGAAGUGCUGGGUUCUCAUUAUGCAAACAUUGUGAAUCUCAACAAACAAGUGUAUGGACCAUUCUAUGCAAAUAUACUUCGAAAGCUGCUCUUCAGUGAGGAAGCUGUGGGGAAGACAGAAACCUUGUCUCCUACUAACUAAAGAGAAACUGACACUGGUUAAGAGAUUGGAAACCUAGCACUUGGGGACUUGGUCCCCUCCCAUCCAGGGCAUUACAAACGUGGCAUAUGUGUCCAUGGUGCAGUGUUAGCCUGACUCUGUAUAAUGCUGUAACAGUAGCAUCACAGAAGUAUGCACAUUAGAUAGAAACUAUUUGUGUAUCAUUUUCAAGUUCAAAAGAGAUACUUUUAAUGAACAGGAAGUAAUUUUUAAUUAAUUAUAUUCCAUAUAUAAUACUUGUAAAAUAUUUUAUUAAGCACUUAUAUCUGGCUUCUUCAUUCAACCCUGAAGAAGUUGUAUUCCCUGACUUGUCACUAUCAAAUCUAAUGAUUUUUAAUUUUGUUACUUCUGAAAGGGUUGAGGGUUGGGAGAAUAACCAAGCAUAUUGACGUUCUGAAUAAAUGAUGUGAAGUCGGCAUAAUUGUAUUUGAAAA